AUGGAUGUGGCUGGCGUCCGAGACCGCAUAUCGGCCACGCUUGAUCCCAACGCAGACAUCAGGCGCCAGGCCGAGAUUGACCUGAAAUAUGCCGAAGAACAGGUGGGCUUUGCCGACGCCCUGCUGAACAUUCUCGAGGCCGAACAGGACCACGGAGUGCGCCUGUCGACUGUCGUCUACCUCAAGAACCGCAUCACCAAGGGGUGGGCUCCGGCCGAGGACUACACCCAGGCCAAGCCCAUACCUGACAGCGAAAAGCAGUCCUUCCGAAACCGCCUCGUGCCAGUCCUCGUCGCAUCGCCGCAGCAGGUUCGCGCUCAGCUGAUCCCUACCCUCCAAAAGAUCCUCUCCUACGACUUUCCCGAUUCAUGGCCGGGCUUCCUCGACAUCACUGUGGCUCUGCUCAAUGCGUCAGACGCGAACACGGUAUAUGCGGGGGUGCAAUGCUUGUUGGCUCUGUGUCGAAUCUACCGGUUCAAGGGGGGCGAGAAUAGGACACACUUUGACGAAAUCGUGGCCGGCACCUUCCCGCAGCUGCUGAAUAUUGGCAACAAGCUUGUGGGCGAGGAUAGCUUGGAGGCUGGAGAGAUGCUCCAUACGCUCCUCAAGGUCUACAAGCAUGCCGUCUAUUUCGAUCUCCCCACUCCUCUGCGCGAACAACAGGUCAUGGUUGGCUGGUGCACUCUAUUCCUGACCAUUGUCGGAAAAGAGCCGCCACAGAGCUCCAUGCCGGAUGAUGUUGAUGAGCGAGAACAAAACCAUUGGUGGAAGUCGAAGAAAUGGGCCUUCGCCAACCUGAACCGGCUAUACGUGAGGUACGGCAACCCAGCGACGCUAGCAAAGAACCAGGACAUCGACUAUUCCGACGUCGCGAAGUACUUCAUCAAUACGUUUGCGCCGGAGAUCCUCAGUGGCUACCUGGUGCAGGUCGAGAAGUGGGUCGCGAAGACGAAUUGGCUGAGCAAAGCUUCCCUGUUCUACAUCCUCAACUUCCUGGACGAGUGCAUCAAGCCAAAGUCUAUGUGGAAUCUGCUCAAACCGCACACGGAAACCCUCAUCUCGCAUCUCCUUUUCCCUGUGCUCUGCCAGUCGGAUGAAGACAUUGAGCUUUUCGAGACCGAACCCCAGGAGUAUCUCCACCGGAAGCUGAAUUUCUACGAGGAGGUCACAGCGCCCGAUGUUGCUGCAACAAAUUUCCUAGUCACCCUUACGAAGAGCCGUCGGAAGCAAACCUUCACUGUUCUGAACUUUGUCAACGGUAUCGUCAAUACCUAUGAAACCGCCCGAGAUGAUCUGAAGGACCCACGACAAAAGGAGGGCGCACUUCGGAUGAUUGGAACACUUUCAGGCGUAAUCCUUGGGAAGAAGAGCCCGAUCGCAGACCAGGUUGAAUACUUCUUUGUGCGACAUGUCUUCCCCGAAUUCCGGAGUCCUCACGGCUUCCUCCGAGCGCGUGCUUGUGACACAUUGGAGAAGUUUGAGCAACUCGACUUCAAGGACCCAAACAACCUCAUCAUCAUCUAUCGGAACAUUCUUGAGUCAAUGGCAGAUCCGGCCCUGCCUGUGCGGGUUGAAGCUGCACUCGCUCUGCAACCACUCAUCCGCCACGACAUCAUCCGAACCUCGAUGCAACAAAACAUUCCUCAGGUUAUGCAGCAACUAUUAAAGCUCGCGAACGAGGUGGAUGUCGACGCUCUGGCUAAUGUUAUGGAGGACUUUGUCGAGGUUUUCGCUAACGAGCUCACUCCCUUCGCCGUUGCUCUGAGUGAACAGCUGCGAGACACAUACCUCCGCAUCGUGCGAGAGCUACUAGAACGCAACCAGUCCAAGGAUGAAGACGACAACUACGGAGACUUCUUGGAUGAUAAGAGCAUAACCGCUUUGGGCGUGCUCCAAACUAUUGGAACCCUUAUCCUUACAUUGGAGAGCACUCCCGACGUGCUUUUACACUUGGAAACCAUUCUCAUGCCGGUCAUCACUAUCACUCUUGAGAACAAGCUAUAUGAUUUGUACAAUGAAGUCUUCGAAAUCAUUGACAGCUGCACGUUUGCUGCUAAGAGCAUCUCUCCUACCAUGUGGCAGGCAUUUGAGCUUAUUCAUCGCACAUUCAAAGCUGGCGCGGAGCUCUAUCUAGAAGAUAUGCUCCCAGCUUUGGAGAACUUUGUCAACUAUGGUUCCGAGACCCUCAUCCAAAACCGACCUUACCUGGACGCCAUUAUCGAUAUGGUCCGCACGAUCUUCAAGGAUGAUAAAGUGAAUGGUGUCGACCGGAUAUGUGGAUGCAAGCUUGCUGAGAUCGUCAUGUUGAACAUGCGCGGUCAUGUUGACGAAUACGUUCCCGAAUUCAUUCAGCUCGCAAUGGUGGUCCUCACAAACAACGAGCCCAAGGUCAAAUCUUUACGGAUACAUCUCAUGGAGGUGGUUGUCAACGGAAUUUACUACAACCCCCAGCUCGCCCUUCAUAUGCUGGAGACCAACAACUGGACGAACAAGUUCUUCAGCCUGUGGUUCUCCAACAUUGACAGCUUCACCCGAGUUCACGACAAGAAGCUAUCCAUCUCUGCUAUUUGCGCGCUUCUUACAUUGCGAGCCGAGCUUGUUCCCAUCAGCGUUCAGCAAGGCUGGCCUCGACUUCUGCAAGGCAUCGUUCGGCUCUUCCAAACUCUUCCUGCUGCUCUGAAGAAUCGAGAAGAAGCUAAGAAGGAAGAAAAUUACGACUUUGGGAAUGAUUACGAUGACGAAGAAGAGGAAGAGUGGACUGCUGGUGAAGAUGAGUGGAACAACGAGGCCGAUGAGACUGAAGAUGUCAAGGAUGAGAGUGCCGCGUAUCUGGAGUUUUUGAACGAAGAGGCUCAGAAAUUUACUGCCGUCAGCGACGAAGAUGACGACGAGCUCGAGGAAGAGAGCUUGCUCGAAACUCCUCUUGACAAAGUGGAGCCAUACGGCAUGUUCAAGAAUGCUCUGAUGCAGCUCCAACAAGAACAGCUGGCGUUGUACGAGAAUCUCACCAAGAGCCUGAACCCCGAAGAACAGCAGGUCGUCCAGGCCGCCGUUCACCAAGCCGACCUUCUCGCCCAACAGGCUCUCGCUGCUGAGCAAACCAACGGCGACGCCGUGGCCACGCAAUAA